GCACCCUCCCCAUCCACCCCGACCCCUCUCUGCCUCCUCCGCCGCGCCGCCACAGCCAGGUCAGGUGCGCCUCCUCCGUCAACCCCCGGCCGCGGCAGCGAAGCCGCCGGAUCGAUCGAGACGAUAGCCGCCGCCCUCCCGCUCCCGAGCUUCAGCAUCCUCUGAAGUGCUCCCAAAACAAUGGCGGAGCACUUGGCUUCAAUUUUUGGCACGGAGAAGGAUAGGGUCAACUGCCCCUUUUACUUCAAGAUUGGAGCUUGCCGUCAUGGGGAUCGUUGCUCCCGUCUGCACAACAGGCCAACCACAUCGCCAACCAUUGUGCUUGCUAACAUGUACCAGCGGCCUGAUAUGAUUACCCCUGGAGUUGAUGCCCAAGGUGUGGCUAUUGCACCAGAGAAGAUGCAGGAGCACUUUGAGGACUUCUAUGAGGAUAUCUAUGAGGAGCUGAGCAAGUUUGGUGAGGUUGAGACCCUGAAUGUGUGUGACAACCUGGCUGACCACAUGAUCGGGAAUGUCUAUGUCCAGUUCAGGGAGGAGGAGCAGGCAGUGGCUGCUCACAAUGCCCUCCAAGGCCGCUUUUACUCUGGUCGCCCAAUCAUUGUGGAGUACUCUCCUGUGACGGACUUCCGUGAGGCGACCUGCAGGCAGUUUGAGGAGAACAGCUGCAACCGUGGCGGCUACUGCAACUUCAUGCACGUGAAGCAGAUUGGCAGGGAGCUCAGGAGGAAGCUAUAUGGGGGGCGGUCCAGGAGGAGCCACGGGAGGAGCCGCAGCCCAAGCCCACAGCACAGGAGGGACAACCGUGACCGUGGUGGUGACUUCCGCCGUGAUGGCCGGGAUGAAUACCGUGGCGGCGGCGGCGGUGGAGGUUACCGUGGAGGCGAUGGAGGUGAUGGUGGCGGUUACCGUGGAGGCGGUGGUGGUGGCUACCGUGGAGGUGAUGGGGGCGGCUAUCGUGGUGGUGGCGGCGGCGGUUACCGUGGUGGUGGCAGAGGAGGUGGUGGCAGGCAUGAUAGGUACGAUGAUGGACCGAGGCGCAGGUAUGGUGGCAGCCCGCCACGACGUGGAAGGAGCCCUCCUGCAAGGGAGAACAGUGAGGAGCGCAGGGCCAAGAUCGAGCAGUGGAACCGUGAGAGGGAGGAGAAGUGAUGAAACCGCGAGUAGUGGAACCGCAAGCGUCAUUUUACCUCUUCAUUCUUGUGUCGUUAGUUUGCUCCUAUGUUGAGUCUCUGUUGGUUUGCCGUCAGACAUUAGUGUGGGUCGAUAUAUUACUAUUGCCUUGUUGAGUGACCUGUCAAGUGCAGGAUUCUAGUUGAGGCGUGUAAGCUGCUAUUUGUGCUCGAUAUUUAUCUGCAGGAUUCUCGUAUUAUCUGCCAAGUUUACAGUGUUCUGCU